AUGCAAGACGUUACGGCUGAAGCUGUUGCCAAAGCACUGUUACACGGAUGGAUAGCGCACUUUGGUGUGCCGGCUGCCAUUACCACCGACCAGGGUAAACAAUUUGAAUCGAGGUUAUGCAAAGAGUUGACGAACCUGGUUGGCGCUAAGCACUUUAGGUCAACUGCGUACCAUCCUCAAGCGAAUGGUCUGAUUGAGCGCAUGCAUAGGACGCUAAAGACAGCAAUCAAGUGUCACACCGAUAGUAAUUGGAUCAGCUGCCUUCCCAUAGCGUUAUUAGGGCUUCGUACAACUUAUAAAGAAGAUUUGGGAGCGACGCCAGCAGAAAUGGUAUACGGCGAAAAUUUAAAGUUACCCGGAGAGUUUUUCACCAACCACACGAGCGAAGGCACAGGCGAUGAAGUUAUUGGCAAUUUAAAAAAUGUAAUGACGAAUCUUAAACCAGUUUCAACAUCGAACCAUGCUGCGAACAAAGUUUUUGUGCAGCGAGAUAUCAACAACUGCACGCAUGUUUUCGUUAGGGAUGACUCUGUACGACGGUCCGUUUAA